CACGGCCAUGUUACGUCUGCACCGCCGUUUGGGCUCUCAGGCACCCGCUACUCAGAGCCCUGUUAUCCGGCGCCGGGAACCACGAGCCAGCCAGCACCGCGGGUCCUGCAGCGGCCUCCGCCCUUCGCAGGCGGCCCAGGCAACCCCGUCUCGCCCAGGCGUUAGGAGACGCGCAGCGGAACACCGGCGGUCCUAGCCCCUCCCCGGCUCCGCAUCCCCGUACGACCCGCCUCUCAGAUCCCGGCCGGGGCUCCCGGGCGCGCCGCGGCGGGGCGGGGCCUUCUGGCAGUUUCUGGGAGCUGCAAACGCGCCUCUCCAGGGCUUGGCGGCCGGAAACGCCGGCUUCGGACCUGCAGCGCCUUGGGCUUUACGUGUUUUCCACCCAGUCUGCGCCGCCUGCGCCUCCAUGGCCAAGUGGGGCCAGGGGGACCCGCGCUGGAUCGUGGAGGAGCGGGAGGACGGGACCAACGUGAACAACUGGCAUUGGUGCGGCCGGCAGGGUGGCGCGGCCGGCGGCGGCCUCCUUCCGGGAUCUGGGGAGGGCCGGCCCGCGGGAGCUGGGGUCUGUGCGGGGCCGCAGGGUCGCGGGGGUCAGGGUACUAGGGGGCCACGCUCCUCCUCAGCUGCUGGACGCAGGGCUCGGCCUCCGCCUCAGCUCGGGAGCGUCCUUGGGACAGAGCGGGAUGCUACCAGCUGGUCCAAAGGGAAGUUCCAGGACCUCCUGGUGGGCAUCGUUGUGGAGAAUGACGCUGGCCGUGGUGAGAUCAGCGAGUUGAAGCAGGUGGAAGGGGAGGCUUCGUGCAGUAGUCGCAAAGGAAAGCUGAUUUUCUUCUAUGAGUGGUAUAUCAAACUGGGCUGGAAAGGCAUCGUUAAAGAAUCUGGAGUGAAGCACAAGGGAUUGAUUGAAAUACCCAAUCUUUCUGAGGAAAAUGAAGUAGAUGACACUGAGGUGAACGUGAGUAAAAAGAAAGGAGAUGGGGAUAUACUGAAGGAUCUUAUGAAAACUGCAGGCACCGCCAAGGUCAGGCAGGCCCUUGGAGAUUACCUGAAGGCACUUAAGACGGAAUUUACAACGGGAAUGAUUUUACCAACGAAAGCUAUGGCAACCCAGGAAUUGACUGUCAAAAGAAAACCGAGUGAGAAUACCCUGCAGGUUCAGGCCUCAUCUCCAGUGGCACUGGGUGUAAGGAUUCCCACUGUGGCUCUUCACAUGAUGGAACUGUUUGACACAAGUGUAGAGCAGCUGUAUAGCAUCUUCACUGUGAAGGAUUUGGUGCAAAAGUUUUCUAAAUCUACUGCUGUAUUAGAAGCUGAAAAGGGAGGGAAAUUCCAGAUGUUUGAUGGGAACAUCACUGGUGAAUAUCUAGAAUUGUUAACAAAUAAGAAGAUCGUCAUGAAAUGGAGAUGUAGGAACUGGCCAGAAGGGCAAACGGAAUUACAAUUGGACUGUAAAGGAGUUCCUGUCUGUAAAGAAGAGAACAUGAAAUUCUGUUGGCAGAAGCAGCAUUUUGAAGAAAUAAAAGGUUUACUGCAGCUGACCCCCCCAAAUGGUUGAAUUAAAAUUUUAUAAGGCAUUACUUUUUGUACGCAGAAGUGUCACAUUGACCCUCUUCGCUAUGUACCUUUUUUUUUUUUAAAAAAAGGACCAUCUUUAUUUUAUAUUGGAUGAAAUCUGUGAAUGUAUACACAAUUUAAAGCAUUGACUCUUUAUUAUAACUAGACACUACACUGAGUUAAAAGUAGCAAACAACCUGAAAUUAGGUAUUAACCUGACCUUCCAUAGCUAUUCCUCUAGAAAUAGGUAAGUCAGUCCCGAGUGUAGAUAGUUGGUUUCCCAAACUGAAGCUUGUCCUACAGCAAGCUUGCUUGCAGUUGUACUUUUAGUUCAAGAUGACAAAAAAUGGCAGGUUGACACUAUUCCUUUAUUUUUACUUAGGGUUUUUAAGGUGUGUAUAUCUUAGGUAGUAAAACAGUGGUAUAUUGCAUUCAAAAGCAUGUUGAUGGGGUUUUGCUCCACUUCUUCCUGCUGUGGUUUUACACUUUGGGGUGGAAAGGAUUGAGAAGUCUGUGGGGACACAUUAAUUUUGUAGACUGCUGGUAACACUUCCAGUGAAACAGCAUAUAAUGGGUAAGUGUUCCCCCUCGUUCACGGUUUUUCACUACUUUCACCUGAGAAGACUGAAGCAACGUAUGUAAACAAAUGAAAAGUCAUCACAAUCAGUUUAAUUAAGUGCACAGAAUAGCAAUCAGUCAUGUCAAUAAAAAUAAAACAAUUAUUUUUA